GUUACCACAUCAAUGUGAAUGCACAGAACAAGAAGAAUCAUUUUUUUCUACGUGAAUGAAAAGGGAAAAGGAUAAUAAAAAAAUAUCCAGGAAAAGGACGAGAGGUCGCACAACGCACACAGAAAAAAAAUAUAUAAAAGGAUACAUUUUUCGAUUAACAAACCUGAUUUGUUUUGCGGAAUGCUUGCUUAGUUUUGCCGAAUAAGUUGAAGUCUGUGUAUCCCAUUGAAAUUGAUAAAUUAUCUUAUACGGACGAACAAAUCGAGUUCUUUCUGGAUCUGGCCAAAAAAGGAAACUAAAUACUGACUACAAAGCCAUGAUGGGGUUCGUGAAUAAAAAAUGUGCAAAGUUUGAUCUGAAAUGAGCACGAUAAUCGAAAGGUGUCAGCUAACAUCAGAAGGAAAAUUAACUUGAAAACCACUGGCAAAAGGUCAAAAAAACAUCGCAGAGCACAACACUUCCCACGCAUUGUUUAGAAUUUCAAAAACUUCUAUGAAAGGGCCUGCGGGAUAUUCUUAAAGCUAAUUUAAUUGUAAUACUCGCUUCAGAUUUUGGCCUACAUGUGAAGGUGCUCUUAACAUUGCACACUUGCUUUCCCUUUCUGGUCAAAACAAAAUUGUUUGUGCGGUCGACAACCUGUUGGAAAAACUGCUGCUGCCAACAUGACGAGUACACCUUCCUCGGAAGACAGUGAAGAGCAGUAUGACGCCUUAACCGAAGAAUUGCAUAAUAUUCAAUCGGUCAUACAUGUGACCAGAGAGAAUAUUGAUGCCUUGAAUGCACGUUUUGCAAAUCUGCAGGAACCUCCGCCCAUGUACAUUGCCGAGUACCAGGAGUUGACGUCAAAACUACAUGAACUGGAAACCAAGGAAUCGGAACUAAUAGAGCAACUAAAUGCCCAGCAGGAGUUGGAGGAGAAGGAGCAACAACAACGUGAGCUGAAUGAGUUCCAAUCGCACUAUCAAAAUCAACUGCAAAUUCAGCAACAGUUGUUGACUCGACCGCCAGCCUUUAAUGAAAUGACCGAUAGUAUUAUUUCUUCCCAAUACGGUGGUAGCCAGUGUGGCACGCUGACAAGACAGCGCAAGGUCCUGAUGCGUGCCCAUUUACCAAAUCAACAGAGAACCUCGGUGGAAGUUGUUGCUGGUGUCCGGUUAUGUGAUGCUUUAAUGAAGGCAUUAAAGUUACGUCAACUUACACCUGACAUGUGCGAGGUUACCACAUCGGAAAAUGGCCGAAAUAUAAUACCAUGGCACACCGACAUUUCCACUCUGCAAGUCGAAGAGAUUUAUGUGCGUCCCAAAUGUCCCAUUAUGACACACAUUUCCCAUCAAUUUAUACGUAAAACAUUCUUUACGUUGGCCUUCUGUGAGUGUUGUCGCCGUUUGCUGUUCACCGGAUUCUAUUGCAAUCAAUGCAAUUUUCGAUUCCAUCAACGGUGUUACGACAAAGUGCCAACAUUGUGUCAGCAAUUCCCUGUCGAUAGUUACUAUCAGCGAUUGUUGGCUCAAAAUCCUGAAAAUGCUGUGGGUAUCAUACAUCCUGGUCGGGGUAUGGUGGGAGAUUUUCAGGGUCGUCAUCCUCGUUCCAUAAGCCAACAGGAUCGUUCCAACUCCGCACCCAAUGUUUGUUACAACAACAUAAAACCCCUGACGGAAGCCCAAUGCAAAUUGAUACAAGCCCAUGCUACACUACAACAUGAUGGUGAUCAUUCCAAUUCAACCCAAGCCUCACCCACGAGUACCCUGAAGCAUGUGAAGAGGGAAAGGGCCCGUUCAGCCGAUGAGAGUAAUAAAAACUUGUUGUCUUCCAAUCGGUCCUCAGAGGAAAAUUGGAACAUACAAGCCGAGGAAAUAUUAAUUGGUCCCCGCAUUGGCUCUGGCUCCUUUGGAACGGUGUACAAAGCCCAUUGGCAUGGCCCGGUGGCGGUUAAGACCCUUAAUGUAAAAACUCCUAGCCCAGCUCAAUUGCAGGCCUUUAAAAAUGAAGUUGCCAUGUUGAAGAAGACACGUCAUUGCAAUAUCUUGUUGUUCAUGGGCUGUGUAUCGAAACCCUCACUGGCCAUUGUGACGCAAUGGUGUGAGGGCAGUAGUCUUUAUAAGCACAUACAUGUCAAGGAAACGAAGUUUAAGUUAAAGACACUCAUCGAUAUUGGUAGGCAGGUGGCCCAGGGUAUGGAUUAUUUGCAUGCCAAAAAUAUUAUACACAGAGAUUUAAAAUCGAAUAACAUUUUCUUGCAAGAUGAGUACAGUGUUAAAAUAGGAGAUUUCGGUCUGGCCACUGCCAAGACACGAUGGUCGGGCGAGAAACAGGCCAAUCAACCCACUGGCAGCAUAUUAUGGAUGGCUCCCGAAGUUAUACGCAUGCAAGAACAAAAUCCCUAUUCAUUUCAAUCUGAUGUCUAUGCCUUUGGUAUUGUUCUCUACGAAUUACUGGCCGAGUGCCUACCCUACAGUCAUAUCAAUAACAAAGACCAAAUAUUGUUUAUGGUCGGACGUGGUCUACUGAAACCCGAUAUGACACGUAUACGUUCCGAUGCGCCUCAGGAUUUGAAACGUCUCUUGGCGGGUUGUAUAAAAUACGAUCGCAACGAAAGACCUUUGUUCCGUUUGAACUUGAAUAUUUUGGAUAACAUAUGGCGCACCCUGCCCAAACUGCAUCGCAGUGCCAGUGAUUCCACACUAACUCAAACUCAACUACAACAUGAUGACUUUAUAUAUUCUUGUCCAAGUCCCAAGACGCCUGUGAAUUUUCAAUACUAUCACAGUGCCGGUAAUAUCUAGCGGUGCUGAUCCGUAGCCACACUUGUGAUAAACAAACUUGUUUAAGCCAGACAAGGAAAUUUUGAAAAUAUGAUAAUCUUUUGGAAAAUGUUAACGAACGGAAGAAUUUAACACUAAUGCAACCACUACAAAUAAACUACUUUAAAAGUUACAGCAAACAAACAAAAGAAAAAAAACAAACAAAAACGAUGAGAUUCAGUAAAGAAAACAAAGCUUUUAAACUAUGCAUUAAGGCACCACUCAAGACAAGGCAAAUCACACAUAAAUACACACACACACACCUAACUACCUACAUGGAUACAUAUAUAUAUUAUUAGUAUAUAAUUAUAAAAGAAUGCAACAUUUUUACUAUAGAAGGCAAUCGAAUUGCAAAAAGAAAAAAAGAACAAAAACGAAUGAACAAAUGAUGAGUUAAUGGUUAACCACAUUCUGGCUGGCUGCCGAUCUGUCUAGAAUCUUCAAAACAAAGCAGCAGCAGCUACUACAACUGGAGUUGUGUAAAUAUUUAUGUGAUGAGGCAUAAGGAUACAUAUAAACACACACUAAAAAUAUAUAUCAUUGUCAUAAUUGUUUUAUGAAACAAUUUCAACAGCAUAAUCCUCCCGUAACUCAAAUCAAAACAUUAGAUGCCUCCAUUAGACUUUUAAAAACUCGAAAAAAUAACAACAAAAAACAAACUAAUGAAACAUACAUAUACAUAAAUAAAAACAAAAAAAAACAAAUUAACUUCUGUUAACUUCUUUACAAGUGAAACUUUUUCUAAAAAAAAAAACACACAAACAAGGAAUGCUAAAUGAUGACAUAGAAACAGAACAAAAGGCAACCUCCAAGUAAAAUUUUUAAUUUUAACUAAUAACACAGAACGAAAAUGACUAUCAAUAAUUUUUAAUUUAUUGUACAACAAAACCCUGCCCUCAUAUAUUUUUAAACUAUAUAAAGUUUAUUUCCAUUUUUUUU